AUGGCUGAGCGAAGAAAUAUACCGGAGCCUAUAGCCGUGGUGGGAAGCAGCUGCCGGCUCCCCGGUGGCGCGUCGACACCGUCAAAGCUGUGGGAACUUCUCAAAGAACCGCGGGAUCUCCUCAGCGAGGUGCCCAAGAGCCGUUUCAAUGUCCAGAGCUUCUACCAUCCAGACGGCGAGCACCACGGUGCCACUAAUGCCACGCAGUCGUACUUUCUCGACGAGUCGGAGGACGUGCGAACAUUCGACUAUAACUUUUUCAACAUCAACCCACGCGAAGCCGAGUCCAUUGACCCGCAGCAGCGUAUGCUUCUCGAGACUGUGUACGAGGGCAUGGAGGCGUCGGGCUACUCGAUCCAGAGCCUCAAAGGCUCGGAUACCUGCGUGUUUGUCGGCCAAUCGUCGGAUGAUUAUACGGCGAUGCUGCAACGCGACCUGGAGACCAUUCCACACUACUUUGCCACGGGCGUGGCAAGGUCCAUCAUGUCCAACCGGCUGUCGUACUUCUUCGACUGGAAGGGCGCAUCCGUUUGUCUGGACACAGCGUGCUCGUCGAGUCUGAUUGCGCUGCACCUGGGCAUCCAGGAGCUGCGCAAUGGUACGUCCAAGCUGGCCGUGGCUGCUGGCGUCAACCUCAUUCUGGGGCCUGAAGUCUACAUUAUGGAGUCCAAGCUGCACAUGCUAUCACCCACGGGCCGUUCACGGAUGUGGGACGCCGGUGCAGACGGUUAUGCUCGCGGCGAAGGCUGCGUGGCUGUGUUCCUCAAGACACUCAAGCAGGCUCUGGCGGACGGCGACCACAUUGAAUGCAUCAUCCGCGAGACGGGCAUGAACCAGGACGGCCGCACGCCCGGCUUGACCAUGCCGAACCCAAGCGCACAGUCGGACAUGAUCCGCGCGACGUAUUCACGGGCCGGCCUCGAUAUUACAAAAAAAGAGGACCGCUGCCAGUUCUUCGAGGCCCACGGAACGGGCACCAAUGCAGGCGACCCAGUGGAAGCCGAGGCAGUCUACAAUGCCUUCUUCACACGUCCCCCAACCACAGGGUCCGGACCAGCAACGCCCAUUGCCACCGACAAUGACGAACGUCUGUACGUCGGCUCGAUCAAGACUGUCAUCGGCCACUUGGAAAGUGGUGCUGGUCUUGCAGGUUUUAUGCGGGCGUCGCUGGCUGUACAGAACAGCAUCAUCCCGCCUAACAUGCAUUUCAACACACUCAACCCCAAGAUCGAGCCAUUUUACCACCGGCUCUGCGUGCCGACGCAGGCACUUCCUUGGCCCAAGCUGCCGGAUGGCGUGCCGCGGCGUGCCAGUCUGAACAGCUUCGGUUUUGGCGGCUCAAAUGCCCACGCCAUCAUCGAGAGCUGGGAAGGCGCACCCGAGAACAAGGACAACGUGUCAUCCAAAGCUGGAACACAGGACGCGGCAUCUGAUGUCCCCCUUGGCCCGCUUGUCCUGUCGGCCAACUCGCAGGGUGCUCUUGUGGCCUCUGCCUCUGCACUUGCCGAGUACCUCGAGAAAGAAGAGACCAACGGCGCCAGCACAUCUCUCGGCGACCUCGCCUGGACGCUGCAGAACAAGCGCUCCGAGUUUGCCUACCGCGCCUAUGCAACAGGUACGACGCGUGCCGAGCUGCAGGCCAGCCUUGCGGCCGGUCUCAAGGCGGUCCAGAACGCCGAGGCCGCCUCGUCGAGCACCAACUCGUUUGUCACCGCGGCCCUGCCCGUGACUGCGCAGCUGCCGCCACGCAUUUUGGGCGUCUUCACAGGGCAAGGCGCGCAGUGGCCCGCCAUGGGUGCUGCGCUCUAUGCCCACAGCGCUCUCUUCCGCCGCUCGCUGCAGCAACUCGAGGCAUCGUUGGCCCAGCUCCCCGUCGAGACCGACCGUCCUGCGUGGUCCCUGACGGCCGAGCUGCUCAAACCAGCCGAAACGUCCCGCAUCCGCGAAGCCACAUUGUCGCAGCCGCUAUGCACAGCUCUCCAGAUUGCACUCGUCGACCUGCUGCGUGCUGCCGGCAUCGAGUUCAGCGGUGUCGUCGGCCACUCGUCGGGCGAAAUCGCAGCCGCCUAUGCCGUGGGCUAUCUCUCGGCGUCGGAUGCCAUCCGCAUUGCCUAUUACCGAGGCGUACACGCCGUCAAGGCUCGUGACGUACCCCAGCCGGGCAAGAUGAUGGCCGUCGGCAUGUCGUACGAGGCGGCCGUGGCCUUCUGCGGCAAAGGUACGCCGUUUGAAGGCCGUAUCGUGGCCGCUGCCAGCAAUUCGCCUUCGAGCACGACGCUCUCGGGCGAUGCAGACGCCAUUGACGCGGCCGAGGUGCAGCUCAAGGCAGAUGGCGUGUUUGCGCGCGCCCUGCAGGUCGACACGGCGUACCACUCGCAUCACAUGCAGCGCUGCUCUGAGGCGUACCUCGCGAGCCUGCGGCAGUGCAACAUUUCCGUGCUGGCGCCACCCGUGGCCCCGGAUGCCGGAUUCGUGUGGUUCUCGAGCGUGCAUGGCGCCGACGGCCGCAGCAUCUACGAGCCAGACACGUUCCGCGACACGUACUGGGUCGACAACAUGGCCAAACCCGUGCUGUUUGCGCAGGCACUCGACCGCGCAGCCACCGAGUCGCACUGUUUUGAUAUGGUGCUGGAAGUAGGCCCCCACCCGGCGCUCAAGGGCCCCGCCAGCGAGGUCCUGCGUUCGGUCACUGGUGUGGACCUUCCGUAUACGGGCGUGCUCGCGCGUGGAAGCAACGACCUGGCCGCUUUUAGUAAUGCGCUGGGCUUCGUGUGGAGCCACUUCCAGUCACCUGCCACCGUCGUCAAUUUUGAGGCCUUCCGACGUGCAUGCGUUGGCGACGACGGCGACCACACUGGAAGCGCUCAUGUCCCGACGGCCCGCCCGCCCCGCCUAGUGCGCGACCUGCCCACCUACGCAUGGGACCAUGACGUGCCUCUGUGGAAGGAGUCCAUCCUGUCCAAGAAGUACCGCCUGCGCGAGGACCCUACCCACGAGCUGCUCGGCUCCAUGACGUCUGCCGGCAACAACCAGAUGAUUCGCUGGCGCAACGUCAUGAAGAUCACCGAGCUCGAAUGGCUACGCGGCCACGUCUUCCAGAACCAGAUCCUGUUCCCCGCGGCCGGUUACGUGUCCAUGGCGGUGGAAGCGUCCAUGCACUUGGUGAAGAACCAGGCCGCCCUGGCGGAGCGUGGGCUAAUCGCCCAGAUUGUCGAGCUGCAGGACCUCCACAUCCACGCCGCCAUCACCAUUGACCCGGACGCAGCGGGCACCGAGGUCAUUUUCGUGAUCCGUGUCGUGGACCAGCCGGACGCAGGCGCAGACGCCACCUCCCUUGUGGCCGAAUUCAGCUGCUACAGCGGCAGCGUCGACGGUACUACGACGGACGCCGAAAAGGUCAAUUUCACCGGCCGUGCUGUCGUAGCCCUGGGCCCUGUUGCCGAAGCCGACCCCACGGUGCUGCCGGCACGCGCGCCGCCUGUGCUGCCCAUGUCCGACGUCGACACCACGCGUUUCUACAGCGAGCUCGAGAAGAUUGGCCUGCGGUACUCGGGCGACUUUGUCUUUGAGUCUGCCCAGCGCCGUCUCGGCCUCGCCACCGCCGUCAUCAACCGCCCGGCCGCCAACGCCGACCUCAUUGUGCACCCGGCGACACUCGACGCUGCUUUCCAGGGCGUCAUGGCCGCCUUCUGCUUCCCCGGUGACGGCCGCAUGUGGACGAGCUACCUGCCCACGGGCAUCCGUACCGUUCGCGUCAACGUGGCUGCUGCCCGUCUUCGCCAGCAGGAGCACGCCGUCGAUCCGGCCAAUGUCUCCCAGGCCGUCGCCGACUGCUACCUGAGCGAUGCCACGAGCAAGGUCAUCGCCGGCGAUCUCGACCUCUUCAACGCGCGGGACAGCCGCUACUGCGAGCUGCAAAUCACGGGCCUCACUUGCUCGUCCUUCACCAAGCCUGGCCCCAAGAACGACCGCCAAACGUUUUCGAAGAUGGUCUGGCGCCCGCAGGUCGCGUCCGGCAUCAGCCCCGAGGACCAGCCCGAGGUGCUCGAUGCGAUGUUCGAGCACAUCAACACACUCGACCGCACCUCGGUCUACUUUUUGCGCCGCCUCAUUGAGCAGGUGUCCGAGGAGGAGUUUGCUGCGGCCGAGUGGCAGUUCCAGAGCGUGCUCGGCUGGGCCAAGAACUACCUGCUGCCCAAGAUCGACUCGGGCCAGCACCGCCGCCUCAAGCCCGAGACCGCCCACGAUACCCCCGAGAUGGUCGCGGAAUGGGUGCAAAAGUACGGCGACGGCGUCGACAUGGAGCUGGCUUGGGCUGUCGGCACAAACCUGCCUGCCAUGGUCCGCGGCGAGGUCCCUGUCCUGCAGGUUCUCAUGGAAAACAACCGCCUCAACCGCCUCUACAAAGACGGUGUAGGCCUCGACCUGGUCUACCGCCAGUUCAACACCCUCAUCGCGCAGAUGAACCACGAGCAUCCCGGCCUACGCGUGCUUGAGAUCGGCGCCGGCACAGGGGGUGCGUCGGUGGGUGCUAUCAAGGCCAUCUCGCCGCACUUCACCUCGUACACGUACACCGACAUCUCCCCCGCGUUCUUUGAAAAGGCCAAGACCCAGUUCACGCCCGAGGAGCUCGCCAAGAUGGAGUUCCGUGUACUGGACAUUGAGCGCGACCCCAUUGAGCAGGGCUUCGAUCCGGAGGGCUACGAUCUGGUCCUGGCCUCCAAUGUACUGCACGCCACCCAGUACCUGUCGCGCACCCUGGCCAACUGCCGCAAGAUCACCAAGCCCGGCGGCCGUAUGAUCAUUAUUGAGAUCACCGGUGACGCAGUGUACACCUCCUUCAUCAUGUCGGGCCUGCCAGGCUGGUGGCUUGGAAAGAACGAUGGCCGCAUCUACGGUCCGCUUGCCAGCGAAGCGCACUGGGACGAACUCAUGCAGGGCGCCGGUUUCUCGGGCGUCGAUGUGUCGUGCAGCGACCUCGACGAUUUCUACGGCCUCGUCAUGAGCACACAAGCCGUCGACGACCGCAUCGCUCUGCUGCGCGAGCCGCUGUCUGUCGGCACAUGGGACCGCGCGCCGGCUGCCGUCGCAGCGUCGCCGAUGUCCUCGCUCGUUCUUGUUGGUGGCAAAACGCUAGCUGUCAACCGCGUCACCCAGACCAUCCGCCGUCUCCUGCGCCCGCUGGGUACCAAUGUCGUGCUCGUGCCAGACAUUGCCGAAAUUGGGACGGUCGACCUAGCCAAUGCCGCUGUUUUGUGCCUGGCCGACCUCGACGAGCCCAUGUUCAAGUCCAUGACCGAGCCCAAGUUCAAGGGCAUGCAGACCAUGAUCCUCGAGUCUGCUGCCCUGCUCUGGGUCACGAAGAACCGCCGCACCGCCGAGCCCUAUUCCAACAUGGCGGUCGGUAUGGCGCGUGUCAUCGCCUUUGAGUCGCCGCAUCUGGUCAUGCAGUUCCUGGAUGUCGACAGCUUUGUGGGCGGCUUUGGCAGCCAGGGCACCACUGAGGCCACCCUCUUCGCCGAGGCCCUGCUGCGCCUCGUGUACCUUAGCAGCCCUGACUUUGCUGACGUCUUCUGGGUCCGCGAGACAGAAAUGUGCAUCGAGAAUGGCCGCGUCUUUGUGCCUCGCAUUAUGAAUGACGAUGAGCUCAACGACCGCCUCAACGCUGACCGCCGUCCCAUUGCCAGAAAGCUGCUCCUCGAUACAGCCGAAGGAGCCGGUGAUGUCGAAAUCGUGCAGGAAGCCGGCCACAUGCAGAUUCUCGAGUCCGAGCCCUUGCACCUGGCCCCCAGCGCCAGUGGUACAAAGGAUGGUGGUCAGCACCGUGUCAAGCUGCAUGCCUCGUCCCUGUACCCGUUCCGAACCCGCGACGGCACGACGGUCUUCCUCGGCAUCGGCGCCGAUCUGGACGAUGACAGCAACCUUGUGCUCGUCGCCAGCCCCGAGAACGGAUCUGUUGUCCACAUCACAGCAGACGCCAUUCUGGCCACGCUACCUGCAGAUGGUCGCAAGGCUGAACUUCUCCAGCAGCUGCUCCUUGAUGUUUUGGCCGAGAGCCUCACGUCUGACAUCGAAGGCACACUGUGGAUACACGGUGGUGACAAUGCCCUUGUGGACCGCUUGGUCGCCAAAGCCAAAACCAAAAGCGUCACGUUGGUGGCCACGACUACGGCCGCCGCCAGCCAGCGCCACCCCGUGCAGGCCACCAUCCACCGGUACGACAACGAGCGGCGUGUUCUCGCUCUGCUCCCUAAGGGUCCUCUAACUUACGUGAAUCUCGAUGUGUCUCUUGAGGUCGAGGUGAUUAGUCGCAUCGCGAACAACACGUCAACCCUGACGACGAAUACGACCGUGAAUGCAAUGUCCCUGUUCAAGGUCUCCAAGGCCGGCAAAGCCGUCUCACUGAACAUUUCAUUGUCGGAGCUGGUGGCUGUUUUGCGGGAUGCAAAAGCUUCUGGAACGGCAACGUCAGUCACGGCCGACGGCAUCAUUGGUAUCGAGAACGUGGCUGACCUCCCCACCGCCAGCUUGCCCCCUGCUCAGGUGGUCAACUGGACCACACCAUACCCCGUCGCUGCACAGGUUUUCCCCACUGCAUCGCUCAACCUGUUCAAGGGCGACAAGACGUACUUCCUUGUUGGCCUAACGGGUGCUCUGGGCCUGUCCAUCUGCGGUUGGAUGGCCGACCGCGGUGCUCGCCACAUCGCUAUCGCCAGCCGCAACCCGCAGGUCGAUCCACAUGUGCUCGACGAUUUCCGCCGCCGCGGUGCCACUGACAUUCGGGUCUAUGCCCUGGACGUCACCAACAAACAAGAUCUGCUAGACGUGCAUAAGCGAAUCUGCGCCGAGAUGCCGCCGAUUGCCGGCGUUGCCAAUGCCGCCAUGGUGCUGCGCGACAAACCCUUCAACAACUGCUCGCUCGACGACUUCACGUACGUUUUCGGUCCCAAGGUUGACGGCAGCCGCUACAUGGACGAACUGUUCUCGACUCCCGGCGAGCUCGACUUCUUCAUCUUCUUCUCGUCGCUCGCUUGCAUCAUCGGCAACAAGGCCCAGUCCAACUACAGCGCCGCCAACAUGUACAUGCACACGCUGGCGACCCAGCGCCGCCAGCGCGGCCUUCCCGCCUCCGUCAUUGACAUUGCCAUGUUGCUCGGCGUCGGCUAUGUCGACCGCGCCCUUAGUCAGUACGAGGCCCGUCUCGUGGGUAUGUACGGCUACAUCGGCCUGUACGAGACCGAGAUGCAGCACAUCUUUGCAUCUGCCAUCCUGGCCGGCCACCCCGACUCGGCAGUCUCCCGCAGCCGAGGCCACAGCACACAGAUCAUUACUGGCUUGCCGCACAACGCCGCCACGCGCUUCCCCACCAAACCGCUCUUCUCGCACAUCCUGCAGGCCGAGGAGCAGGCCGCCGCCACCACCGGCGGCAAGGCCGAGCUGUCCACGCGCGUGCUCAGUCAGUUUGCGGAUGCUGCCAGCAAGGGCAACGCCACGCUGCCCAUCCUCGAAGCCGCCUUCUCGCGCAAGGUCGAGCUCAUCCUGCAGCUGCCUGCAGAAAAGAUUGAGACAAAGGUGCCCCUCAUUAAGCUGGGAAUUGACUCGCUCGUCGCAGUCGAACUGCGUUCGUGGUUCCUCAAAGAGCUCAACAUCGACAUGGCCGUUCUCAAAUUCCUCGGCGGCUCGUCCAUUGCUGACAUCUGCCGCGACGCGCUCGGCCAACUGUCGUCGCUGUCGUCAAUCUCUGGCUCGGCCUCGGCAACCACGCCCGCGUCGCCCUCGCUGCCCUCGUCGCCGUCAUCGACGACGCACAUGCGCACACCAAGCUCGUCCACAGACGGUGGGGCCGAACAAUAA